AUGAAGCUCUCCGUCCUCAGCGUGGCCGCGGCCAUUGGGUCUGCUGUGGCUGUCCAGGUCAACCCACUUCCCGCUCCGCGCCACAUUACCUGGGGUUCGUCAGGCCCGGUCCGUGUCCAGGGCUUGACCCUGCGCGCCCAGCACAACGGCCGCAACGCCCAAAUCCUGACCAGUGCCUGGGAACGCGCAUGGCAAGCCAUCACCACCCUUCAAUGGGUGCCCCAGGCCACUGAGGCUCCGAUCCAAGCAAAUCACUUCGCUCCCUUCCCCGGCGAACCCACCAUCACGCCCGUACCGUACAAGCGUUCCGCGGCCGUCCCGCUCCAUGUCAUUGAUGUGUUUGUCGCCGACGGCAAUGCUGACCUGCAGCACGGCGUGGACGAGUCGUACACCCUGGAAGUGGGCCAGGGAUCCAGCACCAUCCAAAUUAACGCGCAGACGGUCUGGGGUGCACUGCACGCGUUCACCACCCUGCAGCAGAUCGUCAUCUCCGACGGCCAUGGCGGUUUGAUCAUUGAGCAGCCUGUCCGCAUCGUGGACAGUCCGCUCUACCCUUACCGCGGUAUCAUGCUCGACUCGGGCCGCAACUUCAUCAGCCUCCCCAAGAUCCUCGAGCAGAUCGACGGCAUGGCCCUGUCCAAGCUCAAUGUCCUGCACUGGCACCUGGACGAUUCGCAGUCGUGGCCGAUGCACAUGAGCGUCUACCCACAGAUGACCAAGGAUGCCUACUCCGCGCGCGAGACCUACUCCCAUGGUGACUUGCAACAGGUCAUUUCCUAUGCUCGCGCUCGCGGUGUGCGGGUCAUCCCCGAAGUGGACAUGCCCGGCCAUUCGGAGUCAGGAUGGAAGCAAGUUGACCCGACCAUUGUGGCGUGCGCGAACUCGUGGUGGUCCAACGACGACUGGACGUAUCACACCGCCGUUGAGCCGAACCCAGGCCAGCUCGACAUCAUCUAUAACGGCACCUACGAUGUCGUGCGCAAUGUGUAUCACGAGCUGUCGGGCAUCUUCCCUGAUAACUGGUUCCACGUCGGCGCGGACGAGCUCCAGACCGGUUGCUACAACUUCAGCAAGUACGUCACCGAGUGGUUCAAGGAGGACCCCUCGCGCACCUACAAUGACCUCGCCCAGUACUGGGUCGACAAGGCCGUCCCCAUCUUCCACGAAGCUGCCCCGCCCUCGCGCCGCCUCAUGAUGUGGGAGGAUAUCGCGCUCGGCCCUGUGUCCGCGAACGAUGUCCCCAAGAACAUCGUCAUGCAGAGCUGGAGCAACGGCAUCGCCAACAUCAAUAACCUGACUGCCCGCGGCUACGACGUCGUGGUCUCCUCCUCCGACUGGCUGUAUCUGGACUGCGGUCACGGCGGCGCGGUGACCAACGAUCCCCGCUACGACGUGUUGACCAACCCCACCGGCGACGUGACCUUCAACUACGGCGGCAAUGGCGGAUCGUGGUGCGCGCCGUACAAGACCUGGCAGCGCAUCUACGACUAUGACUUUACCACCAACCUCACCGACGCGCAAGCCAAGCACGUCCUCGGCGGCGAAGCGCCCCUUUGGUCCGAACAAGUCGACGACGUAACCGUCUCCAGCGGAUUCUGGCCUCGCGCCUCUGCUCUCGGCGAGCUCCUCUGGUCCGGAAACCGGGACCCGACCACGGGCAAGAAGCGCACCACGGAGAUGACCCAGCGCAUCCUGAAUUUCCGCGAGUAUCUCGUGGCAAAUGGUGUUAUGGCUACCGCGCUUGUGCCCAAGUAUUGUCUGCAGCAUCCUCAUGCUUGCGAUCUAUACUAUGACCAGGACGUUAUUGCCUAG